AUGAAGGCAUGCUCUAUUGUUCGCAAGAAGUUUAAGACCUUUCGGCACUACUCGCGAGAAGUUCGGCGCAUUCAAAAGCAAGUUGACCGUCAACUGAAUUUCUUUACGAAUGAGAUACACCUGCUGCUUAGACGAACUGUUGAGGAUGAAGAGACAAUCGCAUUGAUGCUCGGCAAUGAGGACACUCAACAAUGGCAUAGCAAUCGGAUUGAGGAAGAGAUGAGAAAAGCACUAGACAAGGACUAUGAUGUCUGCCAGGGUGUGGUUGAAGACAUCGCUGGCGCGGCGCAAAGCUUCCAGGACGACUUCCGCUGCUUCGAUGGACUUACGGCAGAGUGCCGACAGGCAAGUGGAACACGGCAUAAGAGAACGCUAGAAGAGAGAACUGACAUUUCAAUACAAUCACAGGGCGAAUGUCUCAAAGACGCUGUGCGCCGGCUUCGCGGACGGGUGAAGAUCUCACUGGAUGAAUCCAGGUUCGAGAAACAUAUCCAAGAUCUGCGAUCGUCCAUCGACGACCUCAAACGUAUCAGAGAGCAGAGGAGUGAGCUGAGGCGAAACAAGAAUGAGCUUACAGCAGCGAAGCCAAAACGUGGAAAACUAAGCCAAGAAUACGGGCAUAUCGGUCAAGUCAGAAGGGCAUCGAAAGCCUUCCACGAAGCCCUUGCUGAAGCUUGGUCGACCUCGAGUACUUCCUCAGAGGUACUCGGCAUGCGCCACACUGUUCGACUGUUCCUGGAUACCACGGUCAAAGAUGAUGUUCAGAUGCAUGUUGCUAUAUCCUGUAUGGGUCAUGAGCUUAGUGAUAGGGCUGUGGCACAAGAGAGGCUCGCUAGAAUACUGGUACGAUCACAAAUACGGACCUGGAUCGCUGAACCCGACAACUCUACGUCGGCUGCACCCGGUCCAGACGAAAGACCCCGACAGAAACGAAGGAAGGUUCGCUUUUCGCAAGACGUUCGAGAAGAGGCCAGCAAAGAAGAUGACGAAUCUGACGUAACGAGAAAUGUCAAUAAUCAACAGGGCUCAUUAGUCAACUUGUGCUCAAAGGGUCUAUGUCCUGCCUUGAAUAGCGUCUUCAACUUUGCCUCGGAGGAGGCCUGUAGCGACCGAUGUCUAGGGUACAUUGACAGCUCAUCGCAAGAUCCAUUCCGGCAUUCGAUUUACCCGGGAUCCGUGGACAACCACAACCAUACCAUGACCACGUCUCAAGCUCUGAUGUCAAUGAACGACGUCUUGAUGACUCCCGCCGAGUCCACGCUCUCCAUAAUCGACCAACUCAAACUGGCUCGUGAUAUGGUCAGCGCGGUUCUCAAGUUCUACUCGACACCAUGGCUAAGAGAGUACUUCACACUUCGAGACCUCUCCUUCUUCCAGAUGAGCGGGGACUUUUCCAGAUGCCUUAGGACUCUCCAUCUAGGCUUCGACUUUGUUCAGUCAUCCGCUGCAAGCCUACCACGAAGCAUGGAGGGGAUAGAGGCGACGGCCGUGCAGGACAGCAGCGACGGCGGCCCUAACGAAGUAGAGACCGCCGCCGAGCGCGCAAAGUUGGAAUACGGUAUACGCAACCUGACGCUUUGGAGUCUCGGCAUCACUCUGCUUCAGAUCGGACGAUGGUCGAGCCUAGAGGCCCCGGAAGACGUUCUCAGCGUUCGGAGGCUAUCGCGACAGGUCCCUACAUUGGGGCCAAAGUAUAGGGACCUCACCAGGAAGUGUCUGGAGUGUGACUUUGGGUUCGGUGACGACUUGUUGAAGCCGCGCUUGCAGCAGGCUGUGUACGAGAGCGUGAUUUGCGAGUUGAGCGAUAUGAUCAACACCCUCGAUGUCAGCGAUGAUUGA